AUGGCUGAGACCAACAUCUACCCACGUGCUGAAUUGGACGGCCAUAACGGUAAAGCCGUGACAUCCAUUGCCACGACCCGUGAGAACCCAAACCUUCUUCUAACUGCCUCACGUGACAAGUCGCUACUUGUGUGGCAAUUGUCAAAUGACGGUGAAGAAUACGGAUUUGCUCGUCGUCGUCUCCAAGGUCACUCUCACUAUGUGGAGGAUGUGGUGAUUUCAUCGGAUGGACAAUUUGCAUUGUCUGGAUCAUGGGACGGUACGCUACGUCUCUGGGACUUGAACACGGGCAUCACGACACGUCGUUUUGUUGGACACACCAAGGACGUCUUGUCAGUGGCAUUUAGUGCUGACAAUCGUCAGAUUGUGUCUGGUUCACGUGACAAGACAGUGAAGCUCUGGAACACUCUGGGUGAAUGCAAGUACACGAUCACGGAAGAUGGGCACACGGAAUGGGUUUCGUGUGUUCGUUUCAGUCCUUCGACUGCCAAUCCCCUCAUUGUGUCCUGUGGUUGGGACAAGGUGGUCAAGAUCUGGAACUUGUCUAACUGCAAGCUCCGUACCAAUUUGUUUGGUCACGAGGGGUACCUUAACACGGUGACUGUGUCUCCGGAUGGAUCUAUUUGUGCUUCGGGUGGCAAGGACGGUACUGCUAACCUUUGGGACUUGAAUGAAGGCAAGCGCCUCUAUUCCCUCGUUGCUGGUGACGUUAUCCACGCCCUGGUGUUCUCACCUAACCGUUACUGGUUGUGUGCUGCCACGACGUCGGGCAUUAAGAUUUGGGAUCUUGAGUCGAAGAUGGUGGUGCACGACCUGCAGCCGGACAUUGAAGAGCCUAAGGGCAAGUACGCCCAACCACCUCACUGCAUCUCGCUGGCGUGGUCGGCUGAUGGUUCGGUGCUCUUUUCGGGCUACACGGAUGGUAUUGUCCGUGUGUGGGCCGUAGGCAACUAA